AUCAAGCACCUAGGCAUGCAGACUGCUUCUACAAAUAUUUGUGAAAGAAUGGGUCGCUCUCAAGAGCUCAGUGAAUUCAAGCAUGGUACCAUGAUAAGUUGCCACCUGUGCAAUAAGUCCAUCCGUGAAAUUUCCUCGCUGCUAAAUAUUCCACAGUCAACUGUUUGUGGUAUUAUAACAAGGUGGAAGCAAGUGGGAACAACAGUAACUCAGCCACAAACUGGUAGGACACGUAAAAAGUGUGUAGAAGUUGCCGACUGUCUGCAGAGUCAAUUGCUAAAGACCUCUAAACUUCAUGUGGCUUUCAUACUAGCACCACAGUGCAUAGAGAGCUUCAUGGAAAGGGUUUACAUGGCUGAGGAGCUGAAUCCAAGCCCUACAUCACCAAGUGCAAUGCAAAGCACCAGAUGCAGUCAUAGCAGUGUAGACGUGUUCUGUGGAGUGAUGAAUCACGCUUCUCUGUCUGGCAAUCCGAUGUGUCUGGGUUCGGUGGUUGCUAGUGUGCCAAGUGUAAAG